AUGCCGAGUACAAUGGAAAACCAAGAUUGGAAAUCGCAGUUGAACAUUCCUAAAAAGGACAGCAGACCUCAGACAGACGAUGUGUUGAAGACAAAGGGAAACACUUUUGAAGAUUUCUAUCUGAAGAGAGAGCUGCUAAUGGGUAUUUUUGAAGCCGGGUUUGAAAAACCGUCUCCUAUUCAAGAGGAGGCCAUUCCAGUGGCAAUCACAGGUAGAGAUAUCUUGGCCAGAGCGAAAAAUGGUACUGGUAAGACGGCAGCUUUUGUGAUUCCCACUUUGGAGAAGGUGAAACCUAAGCUGAAUAAGAUUCAGGCCUUAAUCAUGGUCCCCACUAGGGAGUUGGCUUUGCAAACUUCUCAAGUGGUUAGAUCGCUAGGAAAGCACUGUGGUGUCUCGUGUAUGGUUACCACAGGUGGUACCAAUUUGAGAGAUGAUAUUUUGAGACUAAAUGACACCAUACACAUUCUUGUUGGUACUCCUGGUAGAGUACUAGAUCUUGCCUCUCGGAAGAUUGCCGAUCUGUCUGAAUGUGGCCUUUUUGUCAUGGACGAAGCCGACAAAAUGCUGUCGCGCGACUUCAAAACCAUUAUUGAACAAAUACUAGCCUUCCUACCCAAGAAUCACCAAUCCCUACUAUUUUCCGCCACAUUCCCUCUAACUGUGAAAGAAUUCAUGGAAAAACACUUAAAUAAACCAUACGAGAUUAACCUGAUGGAAGAGUUGACUUUGAAAGGUAUUACACAGUAUUACGCAUUUGUUGAGGAGAGACAGAAAUUACACUGUUUAAAUACACUAUUCUCCAAACUACAAAUUAAUCAAGCCAUCAUUUUCUGUAACUCCACCAAUAGAGUUGAACUGCUUGCCAAGAAGAUUACAGAUCUUGGUUACUCCUGUUACUAUUCUCACGCGAGAAUGAAGCAGCAAGAAAGAAAUAGGGUAUUCCACGAGUUCCGUCAAGGUAAGGUCAGAACAUUGGUAUGCUCUGACUUGUUGACUCGUGGUAUUGAUAUCCAAGCUGUCAAUGUUGUUAUAAACUUCGAUUUCCCAAAGACUGCAGAAACGUACUUGCAUAGAAUUGGUAGAUCUGGGAGAUUUGGCCAUCUAGGUUUGGCCAUCAACUUGAUCAAUUGGAAUGACCGUUUCAACCUGUACAAGAUCGAGCAAGAACUGGGUACCGAAAUUGCUGCCAUCCCUUCGACCAUAGACAAGUCAUUAUAUGUUGCUGAUGACGCCACCAAUGUACCUGUGCCAUUCCCAAUAGAACAACAGAACCUUGCACACCAGAAUGGUCAGAACUCCCAACAACAAACAGCAACCAGUAUGGCCAACAUCCAAAUACCUCCACAGCAGAACCAUCCACAAUUUGCAGCGCAAUUCAACGUUCCACCUCAACAACAACAACUACAACAGCAACAACUACUACAGCACCAACAAUUACAACAACAACAACAACUGCAGCAACAGCAACCUAAUGUUUACCAAGGACUGCCACCUUCAACUCAUCAGAUGGGUUAUCCACCAAUGCAACAACCUCAGUUCUAA